AUGUACCAUUUCCAGUUCUUCCUCGAGGCUUAUCGCAUGUCAAUCCCCGAGAUCCCAGCACAUCAAAAUAUGUCCUUCGAUUCUCACAUGUAUCAACCAUCAAUCAAUCAUUUGUAUUCGGAAAAACAAAUGCCAGACAAUGAUCGACCGAUUCACUUGAGAACGCAACAGAAUCGAAGGAAACCGAGAGUGCUCUUCACGAGUGAGCAAGUGAAUGAACUGGAAGAGCGUUUCAAAAGACAGCGAUAUGUGUCAGCUGGUGAAAGAGAGGAGCUGGCUAACACUUUGGGGCUCACUCCAACACAGGUAAAGAUCUGGUUCCAAAAUCGGCGCUACAAAUGCAAGAGAAUCGAUCAAGAUAGAACACUCCAGUUGACACAACAAUUAUCCACAUUUGCCCCACAAAUGCUCACCCCGGCUUUGUUCAAUGGAGGACUCUUUCCACAA